GCACAGAAUCCUGCUGUUCUCUGAAAUUAUUUUCCUCUGCUCACAUGCGAGGCAUUAAAUCACAUUCAUUUAGUUUAGCAUUUACAUGAAAAACACACAUGGGUUUGCAUGUGCUGUCGCUUCUUACUUUUCAAAGCGAUGUGAAGUGCAACUGCGAUAGCUGGCUCUUUAAUAUUUGGGCACUGUACAUCUACAAUAGGUGUCACUGUGCUGCUAGUCCAAUUGUUAUUGGUGACUUCAGCGAUUGGGCUAGGAUGCUGCUCGUCUGGCUCCAUCUGCAGGGCUCUAAUGCCUCCUGUGUGCAGAUCCCUUCAGCACACAAGUUGAGGCAGCUGACGAGCAGGCAGCACACAUCUUUGCUCUUCUACUUGCUUUUUGCCACAGCCUAGCGGUUUCAGGUGAAUCAGCCUCCAGACCCUUUGGAGGGGUGGGGGGAAGAGAGAGAGGAAAAGAAAGCUCUGGCGAGCAAAUGAAAAAGGGAAUCACGAUGGGGAGACGUUUAACCAGUCAAGCCCUGGAUCAAACUUAAAAGCCGAUCUCUUAUUCAGCACCCUGGAAAAGGUCACCUUGUCUUUGCUAGGAAAAAAAAGAAAGAAAGAAGCACACACUCUCAGCUUUGCUGCUCUUUUAUUUGUACCUUCUGCGCCCUCUGUUUACCAAGUAAGGCUCUCUGCUUACACAGAACAGAGAUACUCAUGGUAGAUGACAAGGGAAAGAACAUGAAAUGUCUCACCUUCUUCUUGAUGCUUCCAGAGACAGUUAAGAACAGGUCCAAGAAAAGCUCGAAGAAGGUAAACAGUAGUAGUAGCAGCAGCAGCAGCAGUAGCAGCAGCGGUGGCGGUGGAGGCAGCAGCAGCAGCAGCAACAGCAAAUUACCUCCAGUGUGCUAUGAAAUCAUUACCUUGAAGACUAAAAAGAAGAAGAAGAUGGCUGCUGAUAUUUUCCCCCGAAAGAAACUGGCUAACAGUAACACAACUGCUGUCCAGCAGUAUCACCAGCAAAAUAUCAACAACAACAAUAUUAUUCCAGCUCCCAAUUGGCAAGGGCUUUAUCCCACCAUCCGAGAAAGAAAUGCAGUGAUGUUCAACAACGACUUGAUGGCAGAUGUUCAUUUUGUAGUUGGGCCACCAGGUGGGACCCAGCGAUUACCAGGACACAAAUAUGUCUUAGCCGUUGGAAGUUCUGUGUUCCACGCAAUGUUUUAUGGAGAGCUUGCUGAGGAUAAAGAUGAAAUCCGUAUCCCAGAUGUGGAGCCUCCUGCUUUCCUCGCUAUGCUAAAAUACAUUUAUUGUGAUGAAAUUGACCUGGCUGCUGAUACGGUUCUGGCAACUCUUUAUGCCGCCAAGAAGUACAUUGUUCCUCAUCUCGCCCGGGCCUGUGUGAAUUUCCUAGAGACAAGCCUGAGUGCAAAAAACGCUUGUGUGCUGCUUUCCCAAAGCUGCUUAUUUGAGGAACCGGACUUGACUGAGCGUUGCUGGGAGGUGAUCGAUGCACAGGCCGAGCUGGCCCUGAAAUCGGAAGGCUUCUGUGACAUUGACUUCCAAACCCUUGAAAGCAUUCUCCAGAGGGAGACCCUGAACGCCAAAGAGAUCGUGGUUUUCGAAGCUGCCCUCAAUUGGGCCGAAAUGGAGUGUCAACGGCAAGAGUUGCUUCCUAGCAUUGAAAAUAAGCGCAAAGUGCUCGGGAAGGCGCUCUAUCUCAUUCGCAUACCCACCAUGGCCCUGGAUGACUUCGCCAACGGGGCUGCUCAGUCUGGUCUUCUGACCCUCAGUGAAACAAACGAUAUCUUCCUUUGGUACACAGCUGCCAAGAAACCAGAGUUGCAGUUUGUGAGCAAUGCCCGCAAAGGCCUGGUCCCUCAGCGCUGUCAUCGCUUCCAGUCAUGUGCCUACCGCAGCAACCAGUGGCGCUACCGGGGCCGUUGCGACAGCAUCCAGUUUGCUGUUGACAAGAGGGUUUUCAUUGCUGGGUUUGGACUCUAUGGCUCCAGCUGCGGAUCAGCAGAAUACAGUGCUAAGAUUGAACUCAAGCGUCAAGGCGUUAUCCUUGGACAAAACUUGAGCAAGUAUUUCUCAGAUGGAUCUAGCAAUACUUUCCCCGUGUGGUUUGAGUAUCCAGUGCAAAUCGAACCAGAUACCUUUUAUACGGCUAGUGUGAUUUUGGAUGGUAAUGAACUCAGCUAUUUUGGGCAAGAAGGAAUGACAGAAGUCCAAUGUGGCAAAGUGACUGUGCAAUUCCAGUGUUCUUCAGACAGCACCAAUGGCACUGGGGUUCAGGGAGGGCAAAUUCCAGAACUUAUUUUUUAUGCUUGAAGGAAAAGGUGGGUUUGCAGAAUGCUCUGUGAUUCUAUAUAAUGUAUUAUGUCCGGUUCAGGCCAAUUUCAUGCUUAGCUUGUUGUCUGCAGAUAUGUCUGGUCAAUUCAAGUAGGACACUCCUAAAUGCAGUGAACAGUUUUAAAUCUUGCUGUACUUUUUAUUGUCUACAUGUAUUUCUUCUACUAUGUGCUCCCAAGAUCAAACUAGCAAAUUAAGUGUUAAAGAUUUUCGGCUUUAGCACAGAUGGAAUGCCUUAUUAGUGAAGAAAGUUGUCAUUUUUUUUUCUGUGCAGUGUGUGUCAAGGGACAUAACUUGUCUGGUCUCGACUGUGCUGCUAUUUCCUGUCAUUUUGAUUUAUGAUUUAUUUAUUUUUGCUCCUCUAUGCUGUAGAACAACUAAGAAUUAAAAGUAUCUUUAGUCUUUUGGCAUUUGGAUGCAACGUAAACUUAGAACUGAGGCUGGUUUAGCUACAUCAUCACCAUGCAUGGGUUGAGGUUUUCUAGAAGAAACAUAGGAGGUCUUCAAAUGACAAGCACUUGAAGCAACUGAUUGGAAAAAAAGAUAAAGUUUGAUCUGCCAUGAAUUGCUUUGCAAACACUGGCAUUUCAUAUUUAGUUUAUCUUGUGGAAGAUAACAGCAAAAACUCAAGGUCUUUGGGGACAGUUGCUUUUUAAUUAACCUUAACCUUAACUUUUUUUUUUUUAGAAAGCUCUUUUUCAAGGAAACUGUUGAUAUUUAAAAAUACAUUCAUGCAUUUUGGCUUGCCCAUGAUUACUUCUGGGUAGCCUUCCCUAGCUGGUAUUAGUGCAGUUCCUACUAUCUUCAGUGUACAUGCAAGACAGGAAUGAUGGCAGCUAAAGCCUUUCAUACAAGGAGAGCCUGCUCUGAAGUAUUACAUAAUGGCAUUUUCACUAGUACAAAAUCUCUCUGAGAGUUACUUUUCUUUUCAAGGGAUUAAAUACAUUUCAUUUAAUCAAGCCAUUAUUCUGGCUGCCUUUCAUGCAUCAUCUGUGUUUUUUCCAGUGUCAGAAAAUGUGUAGCAAUCAGCAGAUAAUGAGUUUUGUAAGUUUUAUUUGCCCAAACACCAUUCUGAAGAUACAUGGUUUUUUUUUUUCCGAUUAGUAAAAAAUACAGAUGUUUGGAGCAUUUAAUUGUUAGAAAUUGCCAUGGAAUGUAUUUGUUCAGUGUACCCUACAGUGACAUUUUUUUCCAUGGAACUCAAAGCUGAAUAUUUUAAUGCUUCACAUAUUAAAUUAACUAGUGGGACAUUUAAACAGUUGAAGCAAAUAGAUUUGAAAGCUCUGUUUUUGAAUGAGCACGUAGACUGCGCGUUAUGCAGUUUGGUUAGAAUAUGAAUAUUGACCCAAUUAUAAAUUUUGAAACAUCACUCAAAUUUUUAGAUGUUAUUUUUUUUUCCCCUCAUCUGAUUCCCCCCACAUCCUAUAGUUUUCACUAUCUCCAGCCAGUGCGAUGAAGGGAUUCUUGGUAUUUGUAAUUUAACACAGGUUGCAGCAGAAUUAUUGAAGGGAUUUGUAAUCUGCCAGGCUCAUACAAAAUAAUAUUUGCUUAACUUAUUAGACACUACGACUUCAACAAACUAUAAUUUAAUUUUUUUUAGUUUAUCGUUGAGUGUCAAUGUGACCAUUAAGAUUGCUUGUGAAUCUGCUGGUAGUUCUCUCUUUAACUACAGAAGUAUUCUUUUUAGCACAAGUGUAAAUUACUGAUUCGUUUUGUGCAGCACACACUAAGGCUAUCAAAUUUGGGCUGCAAAAUGCCAUGUGACAGCAAACAAAAAUACCAAGUGAGAUUUUUUGCAACCCAGAACUGGGAACCCUGCAGAAUCUGGGAUAUUUGUGACAAAUAUUUCUUAUCUAACUUUUAGAGAUUUUUCAAUUGUCAGUCAAGCUUUCCUUUUCCAGAUUUUUUAAAAUUGGUUGGACUAUCUGCAUUUCUAACAAAAGAUUCAAGUUGGCAGAUAGCUUUAAAAAAAGAGAGAUGGUAAAAAUAUAGGUGAGUACCAUGUUUGUGAAAUAAAAGGCACUCUCUCAAAACAGCAACUCCUAUGUAUUUCAGUCUAGAAAAUAACAUGUAUUAGUCUGAAAUAGAUUUGUCCCAGUUUUCUCACUACAAUGUAGCUCCAUAGCACAACAUUUUAUUGUCCUAGCUAUUAGAAUAGUAGCUUUAAUAUUUUUAUCUGAGGCAUCCAGAGAAUCUGAAAUUUUCAGUAAAAUAAUAAAAACACUAUCACAUUGCAAGUUCUAAUUCUUUGUAUAGGUAACAACAUAUGGGGCUUCCAUCAUGGUGAUUCAACAUUGCUUUCGUCAUUCUGCCCCCACUGUCCCAUGCUACCAAAUAUCCUUGUGGGUGCCUCCAGUCUUCAGCCCAUAUCAGCUUUUCCUAAUUUGUGGUUUUUUAUUGAAUUCAAACCGCAAUGUCCAAAAUUCUCAGGCCAGCAUAACCAUUAGGAGUCCUAAAACAUUUGCAGAAUGCCUCGGUAAAUAUUUUUGGGUCUUGAAAUCCUGAUUCCUAGUUUCAUUAAGUGUAUGUGGUACCCCAAAUAAUACUUGAACACGAGAAAAUUUAGCAGUAACAGUUUCUCAGCAGUGCAGCAUAUUAAAAGCAUAAAACAGAAGCUGUCCUUCAGAGCAAAUGUUACUCCUGUGCCUCCUACAUUUUUAUCAUCAGAAAUAAUAUGAUUAAAAAAAUAUUUACAUUUCUCAGAGGUAUGAAGUUGCUUUUCAAAGAAAUGUAAAGGAUUACAUUCUCACAACUUUAAGUAUGAUUCAAGCCCUGAAUUUAGACUAGAGUGAGGAGAGGUUAAAGCUGUUUUCAGACAUAAAAUUUGCUCCAUAUUCCUGAUUUGUUAUGGAAAAAGCUAGUCUCAAUCUAACUCUCAUCAUCACAUCAACAUGAGGCUAUAGUUGGGUAGACCACAUAUAUUGCCCGAUCUUGUAGGAACUGCUAGAUAAAAGCAUCUGGAUAAUUUGUUUGGGACAAAAUGAUCCUCUCUUUAAGUUAUUUUUUCUUUAAUCCAAUUAAUUUACAUGUUUCAAAUAUGCCAAAUAAAAGCACUGUGAAUGGCAUGAUUUAAGGAAGACUGAUGACAUUACCUUAAGGUGAAAUGAAUCCAUUUUCCAGACAUAGGUCACAUCAGUUGCCCUGUGGCCUUUCGGCCUCUAGAUGGCAGGUGUACACUGCUACUUUUAGCUUUACCCCACUGAAGCACAGGUCUCAGUUUUAUUCUGGAAAAUAUGUGGUAUUUAUGGUAAAUAUUUGUGGACAAUGAACAAUGAAACUAGAAUUAGCAUAAUCACAAUCAUUCCUGAACAGAGAAAUGAAUUGUCUCUGACACCAGAUUGCUCAGCUCUCUUUUUUAGAGGACCACAGACCUGUGUAAUGAAUUUUCCCUUCUUUGUUUUUCCCCAUAAUGUGUUACAAGUAGGCAGUUUGCCAGAAUAAAUAUGGGUAAAUAUUUAACUUACCUUUAUAAAUAGUUCUCAUAUAAUAGUGCAAUCCUAAAUUAUCUUUAAGUUCUUCCCUGCAUUUCAGACUUAUUUUUUCCACAAACGCAAUGCCAGUGAAAUCAGCAUGUAUCACCCGGAUGUCAAAAAUGGUAGCCACAUGGAUGUCCUACUUGCAGGAAAAUCAAGUAAUUACUCCUGAGAGAUAGAGCAGUAGGCAGACCUCCAAGUAAGCUAGUUAAGUUGUAGUAGCCCAAAUGGGGGCAAAAUGAGAUGGGCUAGAGUUUUAAAUGUAUUGAAUUUAGAUUUCCAAUUCUCAUGCUGUGUUUUGUUUUGAAAUGACUUAUUUUCAAGGAUGAAUACUGGAAAGGUAUUUAUACUUUUUCUCUAUGAAAACUAAAAACAUUAAUGAAUUUCACAAGAUAAUUGAAUAAGAUCUCUGCAGUAGUGUGUGGCCAUAUUUAUAUCACCGAAUAUUUGUAUUUUUUUCCUGAUGUUCAAUGCCCCUGUGUGCAAUCCUACAUAUGUCUGUUCAGGCAUCAAUUUUGCUGGCUUCCCUAGGAAUAAUUCCUUAGUAAGUGUGCGGAGCUGCAACUUUAAGCAGUCAACUAUGUAGUGUGUAUUGCACGAGGGUUUUGUUUUUUGCAAUUAUAACACCUUUUAGUUGAAUCUGGAAUGACUUCUAAUGUUAGCUCAUUAUUUUCAGCAUGCAUAACCUGCCUUUCUAAAUUCUAAAAGAGCAUAUAUUAAAUAUUAGAAAAUAUUGAGAAAAUCAGAAUUAAAAAACUAAAAUGUAGUAGCUGCAGUUAAUGACAGUUUUAAAGGGGUAUUUUGUAAAAGCUUGGAAUAAAAAUUGACUUCACUACCAGUCUAAUAGCAAGGCAUAAUAGGGCCAAGAAGAUCUCCUUUGGGAGGCUGUUAAGAUAAAUGACUACUUGAAGUAUGUAUCAAAUCUGAACGAAGAGUCUGAGUACUAAUACAUUGAUCAGGAAAAAGCUACCUGUAAUGAGUCUCCCUCUCUCUCUCUCUCUCUU